UGGCGCGUCCCGGCGGGGGAAGGAGACGAGCAAGGGCGCCGAGGUGAGCAGAGCCCGCAGGCAGUCUCUAGCGCAGACACAAGCAGUUUCUAUUUGGCAGUGGUGCCGGCGACUCCGAUACCGUCCCCGCAUCCGCUGUGCUGCCUCCGGGCGGGUUGGCCCGGGCUGCCCGGAGGCCGCGGCCGGGCAGCUGUUGCGCCGAGAGGGGGCAGCUGCGGAGUUCCAUAACCAUAGCAACGGCAUCAGCACCACGGCGGCGGCCGAGGCGAGGGCAGCAUCCUCUCGCUCCCCCUCCAGGCAGCCUCGCCGCCAGGGGACCUGAGACCCAGCUCACAGGUGCCCGGGACUCCGCGGGCCACCCACCGCAGCUGCGAGUGUUGGCGGCUGUCGAAGGUGACAAGAGGAGCAAGAGGGACCCCGGAGCGGUGGCCCAGGAGGUUACAGAGGGGAGCCCUGCGGUGGGAGACAGGUAAUGAGCCAAAAAGAUCAUGUCUGAAGUACAAGGAACGGUUGAGUUUUCUGUAGAGCUCCAUAAGUUUUACAACGUGGAUCUCUUUCAGAGAGGGUAUUACCAGAUCCGAGUGACCUUGAAGGUGCCCUCCAGGAUCGCCCACAGACUGAGCGCGUCCAUCGUUGGACAGACAGACAGCAGCAGUCUGUACUCGGCCUGCGUCUGCGAGAGCACGGUGCACAGCCGCAUCUUCCAGAUCCUGUACAGGAACGAGGAGGUGCCCAUAAGCGACGUCGCCCUCUUCCGCGCUCACCUGCUCUUGGAUGGUGAACGGGUGGAAGAGGCACUGAGUGAAGUCGAUUUCCAGCUCAGGGUGGACCUGCACUUUACGGACAGUGAGCAGCAGCUGAGGGACGUGGUGGGGGCCCCCGUGAUCAGCAGCCGGACGCUGGGCCUGCACUUCCACCCGCGCAGAGGCCUGCACCACCAGGUCCCCGUCAUGUUCGACUACUUCCACCUGUCAGUGAUCUCGGUGACCGUCCACGCCGCGCUGGUGGCUCUGCAGCAGCCCCUGAUCAGUUUCACUCGUCCGGGAAGAGGCUCCUGGCUCGGUAAGGGCAGCCCAGACGUGGGACCCGAACAGUCUAGCCUCUCUCUGGAAAACCUGGUCUUCGGAGCCGGAUACUGCAAGCCGACUUCCUCGGAGGGGAGCUUCUACGCGCCCUCGGACAGCUGCGUGCAGCGCGCACACAGGUGGCACCGGGCACUGUGCCUGCUGCUGCUCCACGCCCACCGCGGGCUUCGCGCCUACUUCCUGAGCGUCAUGAGGGACGUCCCUGAGCUGCCACAUGCAGAGCUGGAGUCCCUUGCUGUUGAAGAGACGCUGUCCCAGCUGUGCUCAGAGCUACAGACGUUGAACAACCCGGAGAAGAUUGCCGAGCAGAUAAGUAAGGACCUUGCCUGGCUCACCUCCCACCUGAUGGCCCUGUGGACCCAGUUCCUCGACGCGGUGACCCUGCACGACCACGUGACCACUCACCUUGCACAGGAACAUCACACCCUGAGGGUCCGAAGGUUCUCCGAGGCCUUCUUUUAUAUGGAGCACCAGAAACCUGCUGCCCUGACGUUUCAGGAAAAUCUGGUCCAGUCCCACAGCCAGCUGUCCCUGGACGUCCGGAGCUCAGAGUACCUCACCGCCAUGCCCCCGCUGCCCGCCGAGUGCCUGGACAUCGACGGCGACUGGAGCACCCUGCCCGUCAUCUUCGAGGACAGAUACGUGGACUGCCCUGUGGCAGGGCAAAAUUUGAAUGUUUACCCUCGUUUCGAUGUUCCAGCAACCAGUCCUGCAGAAACGUGUCUAAGAGACCCAGAAGAGAACCGUUUGGAGAACAGAAAAUCACCUCUCCAGCAGCGCCCCAUCUCGCCCAGCCUGAAACCACCGCUCUCAGACUCGGACGAAGAAGAGGUGACUAGCUGCGCGGAGUCAGACAAGAACGUGCCCACACCCAGCCGUGCGGACGUCUGCUCUGAGUCUCAGGUGUACCUGACCAUCGGCGAGUUCCAGCAAGAGGCAGGUCCGCCCGAAGAUGCAGGCGGGACCAGCCCCGGGUCUGACGUUGGAACGCAUUCACUGGCCGAUGGCAGCUGGCCCGGAAGGAGCCCCAGCCCAGAGGAUGGCCCAGACUACAUGGAUGUGAAGUCCAGCGUCAUGCCCCCCGGAAGAGCUGAACCCACAGUGGUCGUUUUGAGUGAUCAGUGUGGGCAUGAGCACUUGCAAGAUAACUGUGAGUCGGACAGCGAAGGGGCAGCAGGUGGAAGUGGCCCGCACGCCACCUCUUCAGGGAAGACAGUGCCCCAGGAGCUCAGGACUCUGGGAAAGGGAGCCGCCCAAGACGGUAAGAUGGUGCCACCCAGUGGGAAGCUCUUCCCCGGUGAGCCUUGCGAUCUGCUGGACUCAGCUUGGAGGGUGUCCCCGAAGGACCCUGCCCCGGAGGAGCAGGAGGACGUGUCAGUGUUCUCCGUGGCCAGCAAGAGGUCCUCCUCCGUCAUCUCGGAUUCCGGCAUUGAGAGCGAGCCCAGCUCCGUGGCCUGGUCGGAGGCCCGCAGCAGGGCUCUGGAGCUGCCCGGUGACCGGGAGAGCUUGCACCGGCUGGCGCGGAGACACGCCCUGCACAGGGACUCCUUGGAGGGCGGACGCACUGAGAGCAACGUGAGUCUGCCAAGCGGGAUCCAGGCAUCCCUCACCUCCAUCAGCUCUUUGCCUUUCGAGGAGGAGGAGCGGGAGGUGGCACUCACCAAGUUGACCAAGUCCGUGUCGGCACCCCAAAUCAGCAGCCCCGAGGAGUCUGCCGAAGACAUGGACACCGUGCCGCAAGGAGGGCGUCUCCCUGAAACUCCGGCCGGGCACAUCGAGAGCGCAGAGCCCCCGGGUCCCUGCAGUGAACCCCAUGCUGGGUCCCGAAUCCAGGACACUGGGGGGAGCUGUCCUCCCAUGGAGGUGGGUUCAGAUGAGGGCAACCAGCAGGGCCCUGGUUCCGGAGAUGUCCCAGAAGGUGAAGAGAUUGGCUCGGAUUCUCAAGGACCCUGUUUUCCUGAUGGCAGAACUGAGACUCUGCCAGGGAUUGAAACCAAAGAUCUUAAUUUUCAAAUACCACGUAUCCUAGCCCUUGAAGGCCCUGGGGACGGGUCUUCUUCUGGGGCACAAGUGGAGAGCCCAGAGGGCAGGUCUGCACAAGGGCACCUGGGGGCGAGCGCUCCACUGGACAGCGGCAGCUCGGGCGUGGAGUGCCUCACGGAGGGCGGGGUCUCUGACCUGAGUUGUGCACCAGCGGCCGAGGCCAGCAGCCUGGGCUCAACUGGGGAGCCAAGCAGCUCACCCGGCAGUGCGGAGGCUGCGGUGCCCCUGGAGGCGGGCCAUCGGGCAGAGGUGGUGUGCUCCGCCCUGGCUCACUCCGCUCAGUCCCAGGCUGCGGGUCCCCAGGAGCCCCGGGCUGGCUCUUCCACCUCGGGGCCCCACCUGGCCCCUGCAGAGACCUUCUCCGUGGACAGCCUGAAAGCCGUGGAGGUCGUCAACCUGUCUGUGUCGUGCACGGCCACAUGUCUCCCGUUCUCCUCUGUGCCCAAGGAGACCCCUGCCAGGGCCGGGUUCUCAUCCAAACAGACCCCGUUGCCCAUCACGCACCAGCCGUCAGGUUCCUUCGGGGUCGUUUCUGCCCCGUCCAGCCAGCUGGAGGAAGAGGUCGGCGAGAGGAUGUUCAGUUUCUAUCAGGCCAAAGAGAAAUUUAAAAAAGAACUGAAGAUUGAUGGAUUUCUGUACAGUGACUUGUCAGUACUAGCUUCUGACAUACCGUAUUUCCCACCAGAGGAAGAGGAGGAAAAUUUGGAGGACGGGAUUCACCUGGUGGUCUGUGUCCACGGCCUGGACGGGAACAGCGCAGACCUCCGGCUGGUCAGGACCUUCAUCGAGCUGGGGCUCCCCGGGGGCAAGCUGGACUUCCUCAUGUCGGAGAAGAACCAGAUGGACACGUUCGCAGAUUUUGACACCAUGACGGACCGGCUGCUGGACGAGAUCGUCCAGCACAUCCAGCUGUACAGCCUCUCCAUAUCCCGGAUCAGCUUCAUCGGCCAUUCUCUCGGCAACAUCAUCAUCCGUUCGGUCCUCACCAGGCCGCGCUUCCGGUGUUACCUCAGCAAACUGCACACGUUCCUGUCCCUGUCGGGUCCCCACCUGGGCACCCUGUACAACAACAGCACCCUGGUGAGCACAGGCCUGUGGCUGAUGCAGAAGCUGAAGAAAUCCGGGUCCCUCCUGCAGCUGACCUUCAGGGACAAUGCUGACCUGCGCAAGUGCUUCCUGUACCGGCUCAGCCAGAAGACAGGUCUGCAGUAUUUUAAAAACGUCGUGCUGGUGGCUUCCCCCCAAGACCGCUAUGUGCCGUUUCACUCAGCCAGGAUUGAGAUGUGCAAAACGGCCUUCAAGGACAGGCACACGGGGCCCGUUUACGCGGAGAUGAUCAACAACCUCCUGCGCCCUCUGGUGGAAGCCAAGGGCUGCACGCUGGUCCGCCACAACGUGCUCCACGCCCUGCCCAGCACCGCCAACGCGCUCAUCGGCCGCGCGGCGCACAUCGCCGUGCUGGACUCCGAGCUCUUCCUGGAGAAGUUCUUCUUGGUGGUGGGACUCAACUACUUUAAGUAAUGGCCUCACGGAGCUCGCGGGAACCACCGAAGACCCAGGAGAGCAUCGGCCAAGUCACCCUUUCGUAGAUCUCAGCCAUUCCAGCGUGGAGCUCAGAGCAGAGGGGGCUGAGGGAGGCAGGGGGCGGGGACAGGCUA